AUGGAUUCACCACCCACUAACCCGCCACAUUUAGUUGUUUGCCCAAGCGCAGGCAUCGGACACUUAACCCCAUUCCUUCGGCUGGCGUCGAUGCUAGCAGCAGCAUCAACUUCCUUCGACUCUUGCAGGAUCACACUAGUAAUUAUCCGCCCCACUCUUUCUUCCGCCGAAGCCAACCAAAUCAACACCUUCUUAUGCACACAUCCCCACGUUAACACCUCGGAAUUCCAAACUCUUCCUUGUGAACAUUCAUCAGACGGCCCCAACACCAACGACCCAUUUCUCCUCCAAUACGACGCUAUCUCUCGAUCAGCACACCUCCUUGUUCACCACCUCUCCACACUCUCUCCACCACCCUCUGCCGUGUUCUCUGACUUGAUGUUCGCCUCAGGUAUCAACAAGCCACUCACCGACCUUGGUAUCCUCAACUACACCAUCAUUACCUCUUCUGCAAGGUUCUUCUCAUUCAUGGCUACUCUUCCUUACCAGAGAGGUAAAAGAGGUGAUAUUGUUGAGAUCCCAGGUUUAUCUCCGAUAUUAGGAGAUGAUAUUCCUCCUAUAUUUUCUAAUCCAGACCAUAUAUUUACUCGACUAAUAGAGACAAAUUGUAAGCAUCUUCACGAAGCCAAGGGCAUAGUAAUCAACACCUUUGACUUCUUUGAACCUGAAUCUAUCUCAGCUCUUCAAAAUGGCAAGGUUCUAGCAAGUCUACCACCGAUCUUCCCAAUUGGACCGUUGAUUCCAUUUGGGUCAAAAAUAGGAAGCAACAAAAUAUCAUGGCUGAACAACCAACCGUCAAAAUCAGUAUUAUUUGUCUCCUUCGGAAGCAGAACAGCAAUGAGCAAAGAUCAAAUAAAAGAACUAGCGGAAGGGUUAGACAGAAGUGAAAUGAGAUUUUUGUGGGUGAUCAAAACAACAGUAGUUGACAAAGAAGAUAAAGAAGAGCUAAGAGACUUGCUAGGUGAAGCAUUUUUAGAUAACACAAAAGAGAGAGGGUUAGUCGUGAAGGAUUGGGUAAAUCAAGAGGAGGUCCUAGCUCAUUCGGCCAUAGGAGGGUUCUUGACUCAUUGUGGAUGGAACUCAGUCAUGGAAGCCGCUCAGAGAGGGGUACCUUUGCUUGCCUGGCCCCUACACGGAGAUCAAAGGGUCAACGCCGGGUUGGUGGAAAAGGCGGGGCUAGGAAUCUGGGAAAGAAGUUGGGGAUGGGGAGGAGAUAAAUUGGUGAAAGGUGGGGUGAUUGCAAAGAAAAUAAAGGAGAUGAUGACGACCGAGAAUCCAAGGAAUAGUGCGGGAAAGGUUGGGGAAGAAGCUACAAAAGCAUGGGAAAUUGAUGGAAGCUCAAGAAAAUCGUUUGAGACACUAAUCGAGAAGUCUAGGAGAAAGAUGAAUGGCUAAAUUAGUAGGGUCUUGGUUUAUAAGGAAAAAUUUGCCACUUACUACCUAGCUCUUUGAUGAGUUUGCAAAUUACUAUCUACAUCUUUAAAAGUUGUGAAUUACUACCUACAUCUUUAAUAUUUGAUGUCAAUUACUACCUGUUUGUCAUUCAAUCUAUUUUCUAACCAAUUAGUCAACCAUCAAUACCAUAAUCACCUUAAUUAUAUGGUAAUUAUUUUAGUUAA